AUGGGGUCCCAUGUUGAUACGGUUGACUUGGUUGAGUACCUCUUUGCGAGGCUCCAUCAACUGGGCAUACGAUCCAUCCACGGAGUACCGGGAGACUUCAACCUGACGGCGCUGGACUACCUCGACGCUGCUGGCCUUCGUUGGGUUGGCAACUGCAAUGAACUCAAUGCGGCGUACGCCGCCGAUGCCUACGCUCGCAUAAAUGGCGUAUCUGCCCUGGUCACAACAUACGGUGUUGGAGAGCUGUCUGCAAUCAACGCCAUUGCAGGAGCCUAUGCGGAGCACAUUCCUAUCGUCCAUAUUGUAGGACAGCCCAGCACGCCAUCACAGCAAGCUAAACUUCUUCUCCACCACACACUAGGCGAUGGGGAUUACGAUAUAUUUGCCGACAUGAGCGCCAAGGUCUCUUGUGCCGUAGCAAGGAUCACCGAUGCCUCGCGGGCUGCUAGUCAAAUUGACUCCGUACUCGAGGAAUGCUGGAAGCAGAGUCGCCCUGUAUACAUUGGUCUUCCGACUGAUCUGGUCAAGGCACAGUUAGACGCCUCCAGACUUAGCAAGACUCUAGACCUCACAUUACCCGAGAACGAUCAGGAAACGGAGGCUGCCAUGGUCGAUUCGGUGCUGGAGUCACUUCGCCGGGCCAAAGACCCUGUCGUCCUCGUUGAUGGAUGUGUUUUCCGCUACCGCGCCCUCGAUGAAGUCCAUGAUGUCAUUUCUGCUCUCCAGAUUCCUGUCUACGUCGCUCCAAUGGGAAAGGGAGCGGUCGACGAGGCAUUACCUAUCUUCGGAGGUGUAUACUCUGGAAUGACGGCUGACGAGGCCGUGCGCAGUCGAAUCGAGUCCUCAGACCUCGUCCUCGUCUUUGGCCCUAUCAAGUCCGAUCUGAACACAUCCGGUUUCUCCACGAGACUCCGCCGCGAGAACUGCAUCGAAUUUCACAAGGACUCCGUACAGGUGCGGCACUCUGUCUUCCCAGAGUUGCGGUUGAAGAACGCAUUGAAAGCCCUUCACGUCGCCCUGAGUCAACACCAGGAUCUCAUCCAAACCUCCAGGCCUGUUGCAAAGCGACCCGAGUAUCCUUCGUCCAAAGGAACAGCCAUCACCCACGACUGGGUGUGGGCUCGCCUGUCCAGCUGGUUCCAGAAUGGUGAUGUUAUUAUCGGCGAGACAGGCACAUCGACCUUUGGUGUCUGGGAGAUGAGACUACCCAAAGCGGCGACUGUCGUAUGCCAGGCACUCUGGUGCAGUAUCGGCUACUCUGUGGGCGCCUGUCAGGGGGCCGCUCUCGCCGUGAAAGAUUCCAAGCUGAACACCCGCCGUACCGUUCUCUUUGUCGGGGACGGAAGCUUCCAAGUGACCGCUCAGGAAGUGAGCACUAUGAUUAGGCACAACCUGCAUCCCAUCAUAUUCGUUGUCUGCAACGACGGCUACACCAUCGAAAGAUUUGUCCACGGACCGGAAGCGUCGUACAAUGACAUCCAGCCCUGGAGAUACAAGGAAAUCAUGACUCUGGUCGGCGCAGAGCCGGAUCAGUACCAGGUGCAUUCAGUACAGACCAGAGACCAGCUCGAGGCGCUUAUUGCAGACAGUGACUUCUCACACCCUACCCGUCUACAGUUUGUUGAAUUGCAUAUGCCCAGAGAUGAUGCCCCGGUCGCACUGCAGGCCAUGGCCAAGGCUGCUGCUUCACGAAACGCUUAA